AUGUCUGUACACUGGAAAAAACUUCCAUUCACUAUGGAAGAAUACAAAGCUAAGCUGAAGAGUAUCCUCGAAGGUAUGAACCACAACAACAUCCCUAAACGUGACCCAAACAACAAACUUGAGCAAAGUUCCUUGUGUGGUCAGACUCUAGUUGACCAGUCGCAGACCAUUGUUAGGGGCGAGGAAGCUCCGGAGAAUGCUUGGCCGUGGUAUGUCUUUCUUCUGGCACAUGAUUCUGGUGAAACUGCGACGUGUGGGGGUUCAAUUCUCACCGAGUGGUGGAUCCAUACAGCCGGGCACUGUAUGAUUUCACCGAAUUCUACUGUCAUGGUUUAUUUUGGAUUAAAUGACAUGACACAACUAGACACGACAAAACAUAUAAAAGCUGAGAAACAUUUUACAAAAUUGUAUUCUAAAGAUGGGAUUCUUUACAAUGAUAUCAUGAUUCUCAAGCUUGAAUCUCCAAUAACCUUCUCUGACGCAAUCAGGCCGAAGAGGAUAUGA